UGGCUCUCUCAUCUGAUCCCAAGGUGUGUUUGUAAGGGAAAACUAUCCCUCUAAGUUAUUAUUUUUAAUUGUGAUUAUCUUGAGAAUAGUAGCUUUGUUUUUACUUCAAUCAUAGACCCUGGUUACAUUUUUGUCUUUAUAGUAAUCCAGUGAAUUUGUGAGAAGUGAAUUCAAGAUGACCAGGCUCACAAUUCUAGCAGGCUUAUGCCUGGUGAUAUGCCAGCUGGGAUCUGCCACCCAGCUGGUGUGUUACUUCACCAACUGGUCCCAGUACAGACCUGGUGAGGGGAAGUACAUGCCACAGGAUGUGGACCCCUUCCUGUGCACCACCCUGAUCUAUGCAUUCUCUAUCAUCAACCAUAACAACGAGCUGGUUACUUACGAGUGGAAUGAUGACGUCCUCUACAAGUCUUUCAAUGCCCUGAAGAUCAAAAAUCCUCAUCUGAAGACUCUGCUGGCUGUUGGUGGAUGGAACUUUGGUUCAAGACAGUUCUCCAUCAUGGUGUCCACCCCAGCUAACCGUCAGACAUUCAUCCAGUCUUCCAUCAAAUUCCUGAGGACUCAUGGAUUUGAUGGUCUGGAUCUGGACUGGGAGUACCCUGGUGCCCGUGGAAGUCCUCCUGAGGACAAACAGAGGUUCACUCUGCUUUGCAGGGAACUCGUUGCUGCCUAUGCAGCUGAGGCCAAGGCCACCGGCAAGCCUCAGCUCAUGCUAACUGCUGCAGUGGCUGCUGGAAAGGGAACCAUCGAUGGUGGAUAUGAGAUUGCUGAGAUUGCCAAGGAACUGAACUUCAUCAAUGUGAUGACCUACGACUUCCAUGGAACUUGGGAGCAGUACACUGGACACAACAGCCCACUGUUUCGUGGAUCCCAGGACUUUGGUGACCUCAUCUACUUUAACACUGACUAUGCCAUGAAGUACUGGAGAGACAACGGCGCCCCAGUGGAGAAGCUGAGGAUGGGAUUCGCUGCUUAUGGUCGUACCUUCCGUCUGACAUCAUCAAACACUGGCAUUGGAGACCCAGCUAGUGGCCCUGCAUCAGCCGGACCAUUCACACGUGAAGCUGGAUUCUGGUCCUACUAUGAGAUCUGUGGCUUUGUGAAGGGCACCACCAUUCAGUGGAUUGAGGACCAGAAAGUUCCCUAUGCCACCAAGAACAAUGAGUGGGUCGGAUUCGACACCAGGGAGAGCUAUGAGAUCAAGGUGCGCUACCUGCAGGAGCAGAAGUUUGGUGGUGCCUUUGUGUGGGCCCUUGAUUUGGAUGACUUUGCUGGACGAUUCUGCGGAGAGGGCAGCCACCCUCUGCUGGCUCAUCUUCGCAAACUUCUUGAUAUUGAGCUACCCCCACUGCCCCCUACCACCACCCCCAAACCCGGUGCUAGCACCAUCUCCCCUCCGACCACCACCACCACCACCACCACUACCACCACCCAUGCCCCAGGAUCCGGCUUCUGCAACGGCAAACCUGACGGCCUGUACGCCCACCCAGACAACAGGGCCAACUUCUACAUGUGUGCUGGUGGCAUCACCCACGAGAGGCAAUGUGGAACUGGAUCUGUCUUUGAUAACAGCUGCAAGUGCUGCGUUUGGCCCUGAGCCAGGAGUGAAGACAAUGUGUAUUACAACUGAUGCAAACGUCAGCUAUUAAACAGAAGUUCUCUUGUAUCCACUGUGAAUACAAACAUUUACCUAAAUUAGUAAAUAUCGUUAAUGUUGUAUAGUUACAAUGUAUUUCCUUGUUAAAUUUGUAACAGAUUGCAGAUUGUAAACAAAAGCAUUGAAGUACUUCGGUACAAAUUGUUAAGUGCUGGCUCAUCAUUUAAAUCUGCUACUUUGUUCCACAAUCCUACAUGUACCCACACAUUUUAAAUGUUCAGUGUUCAGGGGGCUCUGUUUGCAGAAUAUGGUGAUAAUAUUAACAUAUAUAAGUAUGUUUUCAAUAGUGUACAAUCACCUGAAAAUAAGAAUUGUUGUGUUUUCAUUACCGUAGAAUAAGCCCUUAAUAUCUACAGAGGGAGUGAGUUCCCUUCCACGGGGUCCGCAAUUUUGCACCACCAUGUUUCUAAUGUAGCCCAGAAUGGACAAGCCAAACAUCUAGGUAGGGCCUUUCGCGUUCUCCACGAGUUCACUGGCAAGAGGGUGGGGUGAGCAGUUUGAAAUGCUUGCAAACUGCAAUUUCACUGCUAGAUGCCACUAAAUCCUACACACUGUUCCUUUAACUGUAGAGCUCUGCACAAUUUUUUCAGCACAGGUGUCAGUAUGAUAUCCUAGUUUUUGUACCAAUACCAAAACAAUGCUUUUUUAAUACCUUACUUUGCUGAGUACAAAUGCUGACUAACAAUGUGAAAUCAUUGAGUCCCAGCUUUGAGUACCAACAAAGUACAGAUGUUCACUGGCAAAAAAACAAUGAAUAUACAGUCUGCAUCAUGACAGGUUUUUAUUGCUGAGAAAACGUUUUUGGAAGUAAUCCAGGCUCUUACAUAAAAUGCUGUCAGUCACCUA